AGCGGCGCUACGGGAGCAAGCGGAGAGCGCAAGUAUGGUGAACUAGCGCAAGCAAGCGCUUGUGACAUUUUUCGUAGCGCCUAUUGCUGUUUGCUGUGGUGCUUCCUUGGUGUUUGCUGUGGUUUGCUUUUUUUGCCUCCAACCGUGGUUGUCUGCUAGUUACCGUCGCGCUGACUGAGCACGAUGACUACCGCGGCGGCGUCAACGUCCGAGUUACCGUCUACUUCAUCAAAACUGGAUAAACCAGAUAUAGCUACGACGACACCAAAAUCCGCCAAGUCGUCAAUGGAAACGAUGUCGCCCAGCAGCAAGGUGUUCCAUUAUGGCAUAGAGGAAGUACCCUACCACCAGGAACUGAACUCCAUCAUUGAAGAGAUUCGUUUUGGCGUGACCGACGUAGGGAUGUCCAUACUUCCGUCAAACGAACUGGCCAGCUACUUCAACUUGCAGACAAAAGAGGAAAAGCGCAUGUGCAUUAUGAUGUCGCGGCAAGGGUUCCAAGUUGUCGGCAAUGACUACAACCUUCGGGACAUUGAAGAUGGACAGUGCUUCGAAACUGUUGAUGCUCUUCUAGACUCUCUAAGCCCCACUUACCGUCGGCUCUUCAAUGAAGCAUUGACAAAAAAACUUCAAGAUUUGCAGAAGGACAGUCAGAGCAUUGAUGAAACGUCAACAGGAGGCACCGACAAAUAAGUUGUUGCCCCAAGACAAGCCUUCACCACUCACGGGACAUGCUUUUUAGUAUUCACCUGUGCCAAAUGAGCCACCUUGCUGUUUAUUAACAGAACAUUAUGGCUUUGGUGCUAUGUUGCAAGUGGUGCCUUUGUGCCAAUGAGUGUUUUAAGAAUGUAUUCUAGUCAAGUUCAGGCUUCUGAAUCUCACCAACACAUACGCAUUUUUAGACACUGCUUGAUACAUUCCGAGCAGUAGAAAUGUGAAGUACAGCACAAUUUUGCUUGCCUGUAGUGGUAAUAACUUAACACAUGUAGAGGGUUUAUUUCACAAUUCCAGUUACUACUGCACAGAAUCAUUUUGGUUUUGGAUGCCUAUUGGCAUUGUGUGCAGCUUCAUGAAGUAUGCAAAAUAACCUUGGUGGUAAACAGCACUCAUUAUUCUGGUGCUAGCAUUUCGUAUUUGAUAUGCUUGCUUGUACACAUAAAUUGGCAAUCGGCAGAUUUAAAGCAGCUCCACCGGUUUGAUGAAGCAAUUGUCUUCAAAGCCAUUCAAGCACCAAGAAUUGUCUUCCAAUUUUUUUUCCUGAAAUAAACAUUGAAUAACACAGAA